AUGCUUCGCUACAUUGAUUCCUUUCUGACAGAAGACAAGCUACUUGUCCUUCGAGGUCCUGCAGGAAGCGGUAAGACGGCUACAGUUUCAUUACUAUCAGCUGUGUUGAAAUACGACAUUCUCGAAUGGAAAAACCCAUCUUCAUCAGAGUCUGCCACCAAAGCACAUGUAUCAAUUGCUUCCCGUUUUGAUGACUUCCUGGAGCGUGGGAACGAAUUUAAAGGACUCGACCUAGAUGAGGUGACUAGCUCUCCCGGACCUGGAGAUAAUGGCAAUAGUGCGGAUGCUUCGCGACAGCGCAUAAUUCUCAUAGAGGAGUUUCCAACGCUUACAGGUUCUGCGUCUGGCCUAACACCGUUCAGACUAGCUCUUCUGCGGUAUCUUGACAGAACAUCACAACAGAACAUUGAUUCUGAAAUUGAUGCGCAACGAAACUCCCCGAUUGUCUUGAUCGUGUCAGAGACACUUCUUAACUCACGAUCUUUUCCUUCAGAUAGCCUAACAGUCCAUCGGUUGCUAGGACCAGUACUCUACAAUCACCCAAAAACGAGCAUCCUUGAUUUUAAUAGCAUAGCCCCGACUUUUAUGUACAAGGCUUUGCAUCUCGUGCUAGAAAAGGAGGCUCGGCUUUCCAAACGUGAGAGAUUUCCGGGCCCUGCCAUACUCCAUAAUAUCUCUACUAUCGGGGACAUUCGAAGUGCAAUCUCGUCCUUGGAAUUUCUUUGCAUGAAUUCUGGAGGGUUCAAGAAGUUCCCACCCCCCAAAACUAGGAAUUCGAAAGGAUCUAGCAUACCUCUUACGGCCUUUGAAAGGGAGACAUUGGAUUUAGUUACACAGAGAGAAGCGAGUCUUGGGCUAUUUCACGCCAUUGGCAAGGUUGUGUAUAACAAACGUGUCGAUGCCGGUUCAACUGAAGGCGCCCAAGUUGUGUUGCCCCCAGACUACUUAAGCCACCAUAAGCGGCCACAAUUAUCCCAAGUGUGUGUCAACGAACUUGUGGAUGAAGCCGGAACCGAUAAUCAAACCUUUAUUUGCGCUCUUCACGAGAAUUAUGUUCCGUCAUGCAAUGGUUUAUCAUUUACAGACUACCUGGAUGGUUGCAUAGGUGCAUUAUCCGACAGCGAUAUGCUGUCUUUCGACACAAGGGGACGAAGCAGGCUCGGGUUGGCUGGUGUCAGUAGAUACAACUCCGGGUCAGACUCAUUGCGCCAGGAAGACCUCAGUUAUCAGGUUGCUACUCGAGGUAUAUUGUUUGCCCUUCCAAGCCCUGUGAAGAGAUCUGCAUGGCCCAAUAACGGCUCGAACCAUACAAGAAGCGCAUAUAAAAUGCUUUUCCCGGCUUCGUUGCGAUUGCUUCGAGAUAUGGAAGAGAUACAAGAUCUCAUAGAUGUAUGGUCUACUAAACUAUUGGACCCAUCAUACUCGAGCUCCAAACCUGAGGAGGCCACUAGCAUAAGUGACAGCCGCAGUAAACCAACUGUAGCUGUUACCAUGAUGUCACGCAGUGAUCUCAUUCUUCACCAACUGCCUUAUCUGGCUCUAAUAGCUGGCGACAUGGAGCAAUCCCAAGGACUCCAUAAGCUUGUCAAACUCAGCGGGACUGAGAGUCAAAGUGAUGCUAAUGACUUUGAUUUGCUUGACAACACUUUUGAAUUACCUGCAGUCACAUCUACGGCUCAGUGGAAGGGCCCUCCUACAGGAAGCCCGUCCCAAAUCAGUCGUCGAUACCACAGCAAUGCUUUUGGGCCCCGGCUGCCGCCGUCUUUGGAAGAGGAGAGGCUGUUUUUGGCCGAUGAUGAUAUUGUAGAUGACUACUGA